AUGGAUCUGCGACCUAUGGAAAUUGUCAACCUAACCGUUAUCAUUUCUUCAUUGCUGAUUUUUUACUUUUUCCAACAAAUUUUGCCAGAAAUGAGCCAACCGAUCCGAUUCCCGGAAGUGGCCGUUGUCGACGGGGCUAGUUUGGUGUCGUUUGAUAAGAAACCCGAGCUAAAAGGUCUGCCGUGGCCUUCGCGGGGAGGACGAGCUGUUGAAGGGGGAGAUGGUGAUGAAUUUGUGAAGAAGAAAGUGGCGGCUGAUCUCUCCAAAUCCGACCUCAUCGUCCACGUCGACGGUCCGGUCUUCUACCAAGCCAACAACAACGAGCAAUUCAACAUUAUCAUUCAGAGAGCAAAACUCGAGCUCCAGGAAUUCAUAAUCCCAGCCAAGAAUGGAAUUCUUAUCCAACCGAACGUUGCCCAUUCUGCUCCGUUUGGAAAUGGAGGAGGCUGCACGCAGACUGUUCGAGCAACUAAUGGUGUCUUGCCGGCUGCACUUUAUGAAAUGGUUGAAAAACCUAACUUUAUUCAACUUAAGUUGGAUGCGGGUUUUUCGAAGGAGAAGCUGAUUUUGGAGGAAGCCACCUCGAACGCUGCGUAUGAAAUUGUCGAUCAGAAGGACUUGGACGCCAGAUCAUUCCGAGUUGCCAAUGGCAGAGUCGUGGAGACGGUAACACCAGCCGAUUGGCCGUUAUUCCUGCCAAACAACGAGCAGCACUUGGCCUCAAAUGUCCAGGCACUCGAGCAAGAGUUUACGAUGGAAUGGGUGGAUGAGGGGCAUCGGAAGGAGAUACUAUUCAAGGGCCUAUCUGGCUCUUUGGCUGGAGGAGAAGGACGGCCAGGAGUCGUCUACAACAAGGAGAAAAAGACGAUAUCUAUUAAUCUCCUCCUCUCCCGACCGGACGGCUCUUUCUUCAUCUCCACCAAUGGUGAGCUGUUGAUGCUCAUCGCCCAGGCUGACCAUAAUGGAGAGCCGCUCAGGAGCACUCUUGAAGCCGUCUCAUUCAAAAACGGCGUGAAGCUGCCGGCCGGUUGGUGGCAUUCCGUGCCAUUCCCCCGUCCGGACGUUGCGAAGAUUCAUUUGUAUGAAAAGGUGGCCUCAACAAAUGCGAAUAUUGUAAUCAACGUCGCAGAGGAGACCGGUUCACCCCUCACCGUGCAAUUG